GGCAGCUUGAUAGCUCUUCAGUUAGUUUCCCCCUCCCGCCAUGGGGAAGCAUUGUGGCGGCAGUCGGGAGGUGGGCAGCCGCAUUCAGCUGGACGGUGCCUGGAGCUUCCAAGCGCAGCUGGAUGCCUUACGCGCCUGCAACCGGGAGGAAGAUUGGACUUUCAAGGAAAAUUCUGUGAAGGAAGUGACCGACCGUGGACGCACUGAGGCGACAGCACGUCUUCAGAAGGCACUGGGUGAGUCGCAGCUCAUGCCGCGUCAGAAGCGAAAGGCGAUCGAGCUGGAGAAUGAUGAGGAUCGCAAGAUUACAGAGGCCAUGAAAGCGGCCGAAGCAGAUGUGCGCAAACAUGUCCGGGCGCUGCUGGCACCUUUGAAGGACUUAGAGCAGGUCCCCCGCAGCGCCGACAGCGACGCGGCGGCGUUGGCCAUCUUUCGACAGCUGCGGCGGCUGCAGGUGACCGUGGAGUGCCUCAAAUCCACCAGGAUCGCUGCGGAGCUGAACAAGCCCCGCUGGCGCGGCGCCAAUGCCGCUCCGGAGGUGCGUAAUGCGGUGACGUCACUGAUCAAAGGCUGGAGAAGUAUGUACAGGGCUGAGACCGGGAAGAGCGACGUCCUCGAUGCCACCCGGGCCAGAAAGGUGCGACUGCAAGCGGUGGACCUGGAGGAGAAGAUCUUCGCGCAGUAUCAAAGGCUCAAGGACUACCGUCGCGUGAUGGAGCUGGUCACCGAGGAACUGAUGCAAUGCAGAGACGUCAGUGACCGACUGUUGGAAGGUAGCCUCUCCGGCUACGACUUGGUCGCCAAGAAUGCGGGUCGUCUCCGCAUUGCCGCGCGCGCGGUGGACGUGGUGGAUGUGGAGGAGCCUGAGCUUGCGCAACCGGUCAUUUGAGCCACGCCUGCGUGAGAAAAAUGCUUUGACAAAUGGAUGGGAACGG